AGCCAAUGAUUUACGUAAAAACAUGUCUGCCUGCAGGUCUGCACCGCUCCUAGGACUGUCAUGUCGCAUUAAAAGUUUAUACUCUUUAGGAAUCAGACGACCUUUACUAGUCACAGUUCCAAGGAGUCAUAAUGGAGUACCUCCUGUUAGAAAAUAUCAGGGACAGAUACAACGAGCGAAGACACCAGCACAUAUGCCACCCAUUUUACCUCGCCAAAGACCAGAAUUUUCAGAUGAUAGAAAGGGAUAUCAAUUGCACUUUAUUAUUGGAGGUUUCUUUCUUGGAUUUUACCUUGGAUAUAAAAAUAGCAGGCUUGUGCUGAAUGCUAGCAGAGUGGAAGGAGAGGUAGGUACCUCUGAAAUCCUUUUCCAGCUGUUUCAAUACCAAAGUUGUCCAUUCUGUUGCAAAGUACGGGCUUUUUUGGAUUACUAUGGAGUACCAUACCAAGUGUAUGAGGUCAACCCUGUCACCAAGGGCGAAUUGAGGUGGUGCAAGAAAAACAAGAAAGUCCCUCUUAUCUUGGCUCAUGAAUUUUCUGAUGAGGCGAUCACAAAAAGUAAAAAUCCUUUGGAGAUGAGGGAUUCUAGCACCAUCAUAAGCAUGCUAGCAACAGUAAUGCAUGAGAAGGGUGGUUAUGCUGAUCUGAGAAAAGUCAUUAGGAACUAUCCAGUGCUUGAAUCUGAGGAACAAGGUUGGCUUAGGAAAAAGAUAAAACAGGAAAUACCUAACAGGUAUUUUAUUAUGUAUGGGGAGAACAAAGCAGAUGGAACAGAAGCUGGACGAAGUGAGGAGAGGAAAUGGAGACAGUGGGCUGAUGAUGUGAUGGUUCACAUGAUCUCCCCCAAUGUGUACAGAACCAUGCCAGAGGCAGUGCAGGCCUUUUACCAGUUUGCAGAAUGGGGGAAUUAUGACAGUGCAUUUGGAACUUGGGCUAAAUAUGUGAUUAUCUACGUGGGCGCUUCAGCCAUGUAUGUAAUAGGACAAAGACUCAGAAAGAAGUACAAAUUGAAGGAAGAUGUACGGGAGUCCUUGUAUGAUGCAGCAAAUGAGUGGACAAGUGGUCUAGAUGGGAAGCAGUUCAUGGGAGGUGACAGACCAAACUUGUCCGACUUGGCAGUGUAUGGGGUACUGCGUUCCAUGGAGGGAUUGGAUGCUUUCAAGGACAUGUGUACAAAUACAAAAAUUGGGCCCUGGUAUGAGGCAACGAAGGCAGCAGUGGAUAGCCAUGCAGGAAAAUCCCAGAACUCCAUGCGGUGAUCUAUGCAGAUACUGUAUCAUUUAAAUUAAAGCCCUUGUGACAGGGAUUCCCUGUUGUUGUGAGAAUGACUCUGUACAAAGUUUGUUCUUGGAGCAUGGGAAACAACAACCAUGUGAAAAUAUAUAGAGACAUCAUUUAAACUGGAAAGCAUUUUAUGUGAAAUGCAUCACCCUUCUAUAAUGUGACUUUAAAUAAGAACUUCAUGUAUUCUUUAAAAAUAGAAUUGUAAAAACAGAAUUUGAUGUGUAUGUAGACAAUUAAUCUUAUUCCACUUUAUUUAUUUGCCCACAAUGGUUCCACCUGUCAGUUCAUUUGUAUCAAGUGCUGAGAAAUGUUUGUGGUCAAUUUUGUGUAUUAAAUGUAUAUUUAAUACCAUUGGCAGCAAGGUAAUUUGGUGAAAAGCAUCAGACUUAUUAACAUUUCCUUCUAACAAAAUUUUGCUGGCUUGCCAUUGGUGGGUAGUACAUGUACUAUUUAUAUGCAUCUUCGUUUCCGAGGAAUGUUUACUCCAAAUUUGUAAAGUUCUGAAUCAACCCAAUUCAUCAGUAAACAGCAAUUUUGUAAUGAACAUUAUAUCAUAAAAUAAAUACUUUUCCAU